AAACACGCUUAAUGACGUCACACUACGCAACAUCCGUUGGAAUCCGUAAUGGCGACGUUCUUUCCAGUCACAAUGGAUGCCGCUUGCUAGCAUAUUUGGAGUUGACCAACAAUUGUUCUUGCAAGUCGUCGGGAAGGAUAUUUUACGCCGGCGAAUUAAUGUUAAAGCAGGCGGUCAACGCUGGUCCCUCGUCCUCAGUGACCUCCCCCCAGCCGACGAAGGAGUCGAAAGAAAAUGCCGCGGCGAGCCAACAGGCCAUGUUGGACCACAUCAAGCCGUGCUGGUAUUGGGACAAGAAGGAUUUGGCGCACACACCCUCUCAGUCGGAAGGCCUUGACCCGGGUACUGAAGCGCGCUACCGCAGAGAGGGGGCCCGCUUCAUAUUCGACGUGGGCACCCGACUUGGCUUACAUUAUGACACACUGGCCACUGGCAUCAUCUACUUCCACCGCUUCUAUAUGUUUCACUCUUUCAAGCAGUUUCCCAGAUAUGUGACGGGCGCUUGUUGUCUCUUUCUGGCGGGCAAAGUGGAGGAAACCCCCAAAAAGUGUAAAGACAUCAUCAAGACGGCACGCAGUUUGCUCAACGAUGUGCAGUUUGCUCAGUUUGGAGACGACCCCAAGGAGGAGGUGAUGGUUUUGGAGCGAAUCCUUUUGCAGACGAUCAAGUUCGACCUGCAGGUGGAGCACCCGUACAUGUUCCUCCUGCGUUACGUGAAGCAGCUCAAAGGGGAGAAGAACAAAGUGUGCAAGGUUCUCCAGAUGGCUUGGACCUUCGUCAACGACAGCCUGUGCACCAUGCUGUCGCUCCAGUGGGAGCCGGAAAUCAUCGCCGUGGCCGUCAUGUACCUGGCGGGCCGCCUGUGCAAGUUCGACAUCCAGGAGUGGACGGCCAAGCAGUCGUCCCGCCGAUGGUGGGAGCAGUUUGUCCAGGACGUCCCCGUCGAGCUUCUGGAAGACAUCUGCCAUCAGAUCCUGGACUUGUACUCCCACGGCAACAAGCCCAUCCCCCAGCAGAUGCAGGAAAAGGAGCGGGCGCCCGCCGCCCCCGCCCUGACCCCCACCCCUCCGGCGCCGCCGUUAGCCGCCAACCCGCCCCCGCCGCCGGCCAAGAAGGCGUCCCCGCAGGGCGGCAGCCCCACCCGACAACUCAAACGAGCACACACCUCCCCCAAGGAAGAACCAAAGCCCCCAGAACAAGUUGGAUCAAAGAUUCCUCGACUGGAGAGCCCCAUGCCACCGUUGCCCACCUCGCAGCCGCCGCCUGACCGCAAGCCCAUGCCGCCCACCUACGCCCCCCCAAUGCCGCCCUAUCACGUGUACCCGCCGCCCACCGCCCCGCCACCGGCCCAUCCUCCGCCCACAGGCUACCCGCCGCCGGCCAUGCCUCCCAACUACCCGCCGCCGGGCUACACCAGCUUCCCUCCGCCGCCGCACAUGCCGCCGACGCACGUGCCCCCGCCCAUCGGCCUCCCCCCUGCCGGGUACCCACCUCCACCCGUGCCGCAAGGUCAGUCGCAGGUUCCCCUGCCCCCGCCCCCUGGCAUGCCCAUGAAUCGCGGCGGCUGGAUGAGAUGAGAUGAGCGUCACUGAAUAGACCCUGAAAGUGAGUCGUAUUAUUUUCUUCUUGCCGGAGUCGUACUUUGGUUUGGUGGGUUCACUUCCACGGUGUGUAGUAAGUAGUCUUGUCGUCUCGUCAGGGUUUUUGCGGAACAGGUGAACGUUUCCACCGUCAUGUGCCUUAAAGGCGCCUUUCUGCUUCCCCUUCUCACCUUUGGAUUUGUGUCAAAUUGGCACUCGGGAAAAAAAUAAAUGGCUUUUUUUGUUGUU